AUGAUGGAUGGACGAGGGUUAUAUAACAGGACGAAUCACCAUAAUUUGAUUCCGCUUCGACCGUCUGAAAUGCCCAAGAUACCUAUCCUCGAUCCUCGACCAUUUGCGAGCUCACAGCCUAAGGGUCCGCAGCUGGACGUUCUGCGACAUGCCUUCCCAGUCUUCUUCGGAGCCUUGGCCGGUGCCAGAUCCCCCUGGAGAACGUUUGACGGACCCUGCAAUCCAUCAUUUCCUCCUCGCUCGAGUGGCAGAGUUGUGUGGAUUAUCCAGGGCAAAGUUUCCAGGCUCUCAGCCAGUCAGCUUCAACGUCUCGUCCAUCGAAGAGAAACUCAUGAAGUAUGAUUUCUGGACCUGCGAGAAAAGCGAUGGCCAGAGACUACUCAUCGUGAUCGUGGUCAAUUCAGCCACUGAGGAACAAGAAACCUGGCUGCUGGACAGGAAAGAGCAAUUCUACAAAGUCUCUGGACUUCAUUUCCCGUACUGGGAGAGUCCUGACCUGCCGCUGAGAGAUACCAUCAUCGAUGGCGAGCUCGUUAUCGACGAGGAUCCGAAAACGAAGGAGCGCACUCUGCGAUACUACGCUUUCGACUGCCUCGUAGUCAAUGGGAUGAACGUCACUGGUCGACCAUUACUCAAGCGUUUCGGGAGGCUCCGAGAAUGGGUCGUUGCUCCGUUUGAGCGGAUCCUCAAGCAGAUACCGGAAUGGAGAGAUGAACUGCCGUUCGAGGUGAUCGUUAAAAAACAAGAGCUCUCGUACCAUAUCGCUCAGGUCUUGAACGUGCACAUACCGAGCCUAUUACACGGUCACGACGGUAUCAUUUUCACAAACGCAGAGAGCCCCUAUGUCUUUGGAACCGACGAGAAUAUCUUAAAAUGGAAGAAGCCAUCUGAAAACACCAUUGACUUCAAGCUGAAUCUCCGCUUCCCACCAUCUCCAGCCGACCCCUCGGAGCCUGACUUUUACGCCAAACCAGUGUUUCUAUUAUCAGUCUGGCACGGCGGCAGUCGAGGACAGGAUAAAUACCAGUUCUUUGACGAGUUGGAAGUAGACGAUGAUGAGUGGGAAAAAUUCAAAGAAAUGGGCCAGAUUGACGAUACAAUCGUAGAGUGUUUUUGGGAUACGGAACGAGGAGCUUGGCGAUAUUUCAGACAUAGGAACGACAAGGAGAAUGGGAACCACGCUUCGGUCGUCCAGAAAGUCCUGGCAAGUAUAGAAGACGGCGUAGAGAUUGAGACGCUUUUAUCGAAGAGUGAUGCCAUCCGAGCAGCUUGGAAAGCGAGAGAACAGAGUCGAAGAGGUGAACAGACGCCAGCACCACCUCAACAUCGAUCUUCGGCGCCUCAACAGGGUCCUCGAGGAUCAGUUCCCCCAAUCACACCGGGACCAGGGGCGUAUCCCGCAACAACUCCCGGGGUCAUGGCUGGUCUCAGGAGAUAGCGCCGCGACCAUGUAAAAUCUUGUAUAUCACGAUCAUCACGACAUUGUAGGCCAACGUACACUCGAUGCACACAUACCCAUGCAUUUGGUUCAUGCUUCGU